UUGUUUACUUGCAAAAGCUGAGCCCUGCACGAGAAGCCACAUGGACCUCUACAAUGCCUCAGAGCCGGAAGGGAACAAUACAGGGACAGGGGAAACUCAUGAGUCUAUCUCUGUGCUUCCAAGCCUGUUUCUCUUUGCUUGCUUCUUGGUUGGUUUCCCAGGGAAUGGCUUUGUGGUCUGGACUAUUGUUACCAAGUUCUCCCAACGCUCUUUGACCCUUCUCCUCAUUCUGAACUUGGCCAUCACAGACUUGAUUGUCAUGAGCACCGUACCCUUCUGGAUUUACUCUUUCCUCUACGGCUGGGUCUUCGGAGACAUUUUCUGCAGGCUGCUCAAGUUCUUUGUCUACCUGACCGUUUAUGCCAGCAUCUUCCUCAUCACAGUGAUGAGCUUCCAUCGUUUUGCCGCCGUGAUCUUCCCAUUUCACUCCCAAAAGUUUGGGCGGCCACGUGUGGCACACUGUGCAUUGCUGCUGCUCUGGGUGUUCGCUUGCCUCUUCGGAAGCCCAAUUCUGAUUGCAUCCUCCAAGCCCAAGAAGGAAGGCGUGUGCGCGGACGAAAUGUACUAUACCGAUCAGACGCGAGUGACGGUGAACUUUGUGGAGACCUUGUUUGGCUUUGUGAUCCCUUUCACUGUGAUGGCUGUCUGCUACGCCUGCAUCCUGAAGAGGCUACAGAUGCUGAAGAACCACAAGAAAAUGAAGACAGGGAAACUGAUUGCAGCGGUGGUCAUUGCUUUCUUUGUGUGUUGGCUCCCUUAUCACGUCUUUAACAUCCUCAUCAGCAUCGCUGUGCUGCUGAAAGAGGGACACCCGGAGACGGCAGAGAACUUGCUCCAGGUGACCAAAGCGGCAAUGAACAUUCACGGGGCUAUCGCCUUUGUAAGCAGCUGCCUGAACCCAAUCUUGUACGCUUUCGCUGCACGGAGUUUCCGUGGAGGGCUACGGGAGAGCAAUUUUGCCAAGUUGUUUGCCAAAAUUCAUGAAGACUCAGAAGAACAAUCUGCCGGGGAGAAAUUUACAGGGGACAGUGGUCUUUCAAUGGAGAAGCUAUAA